AUGGAUCUCCUCGUCUCUGCUACUAGUAAAGCCUUUCCAUUUCCUAUCUUCUCCAUUCUCCGGAUUCUCUUUCUCUCUUCCCUCCUUUUCUUCUCCUCUUUUGUCUUUGCCACUGAAAACAACAGUAGGGCCUUGCCAACCCAACAUCAAUGCAUUGAAGACCAUUUCUCUGCAUUACUCAGCUUGAUGCAGGGCUUUAACUUCUCUAAUGACAGCAAGACUACACUGUCCUCUUGGAAUCUUGAUAACAGAGAUUGCUGCUCAUGGGAAGGCAUCACGUGCGAUGGUGCCACCGGUCACGUGAUCAGCCUCGACCUCAGCGAUCUCAGUAUCUCCGGUCAGAUUGAUUUUGAAAGCCUCUUUCAUCUUCGAAGCCUGCAGAGUCUCAACCUCGCUUACAAUAACUUCGAUUCCUCUCCAAUCCCAUCUGGUUUCGACCAACUCACCAGCUUGACCCAUCUCAACCUUUCUUCUUCAGAUUUUUAUGGCCAAAUCCCGUCGGAGAUCUCAAUCUUAACCAGUUUGGUUUCCCUCGAUCUAUCUUAUAAUCCCCUUCAACUCAAUAACCCUAACAUGGGAACACUCCUCCAAAACCUAUCUAGUCUGAGAGAACUCUAUCUCGACUAUGUAAACAUCUCAGCCCAGGGUAGUGAGUGGGGCCCAGCUCUAUCCUCUUCACUCCCUCGUCUCCGCAAGUUGAGCUUGAGUGAUUGUUAUCUUUCAGGUCCCAUUCAUUCCUCCCUUUCAAAACUCCAUUUCCUAAGUGAACUCGACCUCAGCUACAACAAUCCCUUUUCUGUGCUACCCAACUUCAUGGGGGACUUCUCUUCUUUAACAUCACUGCGUCUCAUUGGUUGUGGAUUGCAAGGUGAAUUUCCGGAGAGUAUUUUCAGGCUGCCAAACCUAAAAGCUCUCUAUGUAUCUUACAAUCCACUUCUCACAGGUGAAAUCCCUCAAAACAAUACUCUCCGGGAGCUGUUCCUAACCAACACUGGAUUUUGUAGCAAGCUACGGGAUUCGUUUGGUAAUUCCAAAAUGCUGGCCAUGUUAGCACUUGGAAAUUGCAACUUAUCUGGCCCAUUUCCAUCAUGGCUUGUGAAUCUCGACAAACUCGUGAAUUUGGAUCUUUCAUCCAAUGCUCUCAGCGGACCAUUGCCAUCAUGGCUUGUGAAGCUCGACAAGCUUGAAAAUUUGGAUCUUUCAUACAAUGGUUUAAGCGGUCCAAUCCCUUCUUCCUAUGGCAACGCGCUUCCAAAUCUUAAAGAGCUCCACUUUUCCAACAAUUCACUUAGUGGGACCAUCCCGUUGUUGUUGUUUUCACUCCCGUCGUUACGAGUGUUGGAUCUCUCAGUAAACCAAUUUAGCGGUCGGCUUGGCGAGUUCCACAAUGCAUCCUCUUCACCAUUAGAGAAAAUCUUUUUGGAUAAUAACAACUUGGAAGGGCCUAUUCCAAGGUCGAUCUUUGAACUCACCAAGCUUACAUUCCUCAGGCUUCAAUCCAAUAGUUUCAACGGCUCCAUUCCUUCUUUACAUGAAAAUGAGCUUUGGAAUUGUGAACGUCUUUUCUUGUCCAACAAUUCACUUAGUGGGACCAUCCCAUCCUCAUUGUUUUCACUUCCAUCAUUACGAGUGUUGGAUCUCUCAACAAACCAAUUUAGUGGCCAGCUUGGCAAGUUCCACAACACAUCCUCUUCUCUAUUAGAGAAAAUCUAUUUGGAUCACAACAACUUGCAGGGGCCUAUUCAUAUGUCCAUCUUUGAACUCACAAAUCUUAAAUACCUCAUGCUUUCAUCAAAUAAUUUCAGUGGUGAUGUGGACCUUUCCUUAUUUAAAGCCCUUAAGAAACUCCAAUUCCUUGAUCUUUCAGAUAAUAACUUCUCAGUCCAUGACGGUGGAAGCAAUUCUACAUCCAUAUCCUUCCCCCAUAUUGUAUAUUUGUUAUUGAGGUCUUGCAACAUUAGUAAAUUUCCAGGCAUCUUGAAAAACCAAGAGGAAUUGUAUUCUUUAGACCUUUCCAACAAUAGAAUCAAUGGUGAAAUACCCAACUGGAUAUGGAGUGUUGGAAAUGGAAUUUUAGCUAAUUUGAAUCUUUCUCAUAAUGCUUUGAAGGGAUUAGAGCAACCUUUUCCUCAUCUUUCCUUAAGUUCAUUAGAAUACCUUGAUCUAAGUUUUAACAUGUUAGAAGGCUCUAUUCCAAUCCCUCCACCCUUCAUCUAUUUCUUUUCACUUUCGAGCAAUAAUCUUAGUGGAGAAGUUCCCUUGCUGCUUUGCAAUUAUACAUUCUUACAAGUCCUCGACCUAUCUGAAAAUUACUUCAAUGGUUCGAUUCCGCAAUGUUUGGGUGAAGUUAGUGAUGCCCUCACCGUGUUGAAUCUUGGAGGAAAUGCAUUUCAUGGCACCUUGCUUCAAACAUUCAAAGAUGAGUGCACUCUAGAGACGCUUGAUCUCAAUGGAAAUCGGUUGGAAGGGCAGGUGCCAAGGUCUUUGGCCAAGUGCAAGAAGUUGGAGGUGUUAAACCUUGGAAAUAAUCAAAUACAUGAUACCUUCCCUUUUUGGUUGGAAAAUUUGUCCCAGUUGCGUGUUCUCAUCUUGGGAUCUAACAAAUUUCAUGGCACCAUUGCACACCCCCUAACAAACCACACCUUUCCACUAUUACAAAUCUUCGACCUCUCUUCCAAUAGCUUCAUGGGUAGCUUGCCAUCAAAUCUGUUCAAGAGCUGGAAGGCAAUGAUGGUGGAGGAGGGAAAAUCCCAAUCUCAGUUCCUUAGCAAAAAAAUUAGAAAUGGAUACUAUCAAGAUAAAGUGACUAUAGUGAGCAAAGGGCGAGAAUUGGAACUGGUUAAGAUCAUUGCUGCUUUCACGGUAGUUGAUCUCUCAAGGAACCAAUUUCACGGGGAUAUACCAGAAUCAGUUGCGGAUCUAAAGUCACUGCGAGUGCUUAAUAUGUCAUACAACCGUUUCACAGGCCGAAUUCCAGCAUCACUCGGGAAUAUAAAGGAUCUUGAAUCGUUAGAUCUCUCGAAUAAUAAUCUGUCAGGGAAGAUCCCUCUGCAGUUAACAAAGCUAACGUUCCUAGAGGUGUUGAACCUUUCGCAGAACCUACUCGUAGGAAGCAUACCACAAGGCCAACAAUUCAAUACAUUCACAGAUAAAUCAUUUCUAGGGAACAUGAAAUUAUGUGGUCCUCCAUUGUCGAAGAAAUGCAAAGAUGUUGAGGCUUCACCACCAUUUGCACAAUCACAAAACAAAUAUGACUGGGAUUGGGAAUAUGCGUGGAUUGGGUUUGGAAUUGGGUAUGGAGUGGGAUUGGGUACUCUUUUCUGGACCCUAGCACUUUGGACAAAGGGAAUGAGAGAAUACACUAUAUUCAUUGAUAGAAUGCUUUUGUUGAUUUUUCCACGUGACACAUUUUAUUUAAUGCAACGAUACUAUGAGGAUUGGAGCUAG